AUGAUUAGAGAAAAGAUGAGAAUUUCUCAAAGUCGACAAAAGAGUUACCAUGACAAACGAAUGAAAUAUUUGGAAUUUCAAUCGGGUGAUCAUGUGUUUUUGCGAGUUACUCCUACAACCGGUGUUGGGCGAGACUUGAAAUCGAAGAAGUUGACUCCUCGCUUUAUUGGUCCUUAUCAAAUUGCUAGUAAAGUUGGAAAAGUGGAUUAUAAAGUGGCGUUGCCGCUAAAUCUUUUGAAUUUUCACGAUGUGUUCCAUGUGUCGCAACUUCAGAAGUAUGUUCCGGAUCCGUCCCAUAUGAUUGAAAUGGAUGAUAUUCAAGUUCGUGAUAAUCUUACGGUGGAGACGAGGCCUUUGAGGAUCAAAGAUCGUGAGAUAAAGUCUCUUCGUGGCAAAUAA